AUGUCUAAGCCACAAUUUCGAAAAAUUAAACGACACUUGCCAUCAUCAUUUCAUUCAACUCAAAGUAACAAUACAAUGUUGACAAGUACAUUGGGCAAACUUUUAGUUCGAAAACUAACACUUCGUUCAUCAACAUCAAACCUAUCAAGAAGUACACUCGAACUGAACAGUAAUUAUGAACGACAGGGUUCUUCAAUAACAUCAUUAAAUCAACAUACAACCAUGGGUAAAUAUCAACAACAAAAAAAUAUCAUAUCACAACAAAAUAUUCAAUUGAUUGAACAAAUUGGUGAAGGAGAAUUCGGAACAGUCUAUAAAGCAUUUUGGAAAACAAAACAAAAUGAAUUAUUAACUGUUGCUGUUAAACGUUUAAAUAAACUUGAACAAAAUUUUGGUCUUGAUGAUAUAUUAAAAGAAAUAUGUGUAUUACAAGAUACUGAACAUCCACAUAUUGUUCAAUUUUUUGGUAUUGUUAUACAAACCGAUGGAUUAUUUAUGCUUGUAACAGAAUAUGCUCAUUUUCGAUCAUUAUAUGAAUGUUUAUUAUCCGAAAAUGCUAAAUAUGAAUAUACAAUUGAAAUUUUACUUGAAUUUUUAAGACAAAUAACAUUAGCAAUGAGUUAUUUAGAAAAGAAAUUUUUAAUCCAUAGAGAUUUAGCUAGUAGAAAUAUUCUUGUUUUUAAUAAAUCACUUGUUAAACUUUCUGAUUUUGGUCUUUCUCGUCUAUGUUGUUCAGAAACUAAUUAUUAUAAAACAUCAUGGAAAGAUACAUUACGUUUACCAAUAGCAUGGAUGAGUCCAGAAGCAAUUAAUUUUCUACGUUUUACAACAGCAUCUGAUAUGUUUUCAUUUGGUGUUUGUAUGUGGGAAUGUUUUACUUAUGGACAAAUGCCAUGGCAAGGAAUGACAAGUGCUGAAAUUGUCAAUGCCAUUGAUGCUCCUAAUUAUCAACGAUUACCACGACCUCCUUACGCUACAACAGAGCUCUAUCAAAUCAUGCUUCAUUGUUGGAAACAUGAACCAACCGACCGGCCAACAUUUACACAACUAGAAAAAACUCUACGAGAAAUUGAAAUAAAGAAAGUUCGUUGGAAAGAUAAAAAUUGUAAAUCAAUAAAUUUUCCCGAUGGUUUCCUUUCGACAGAAUCUUGUAUACUUGGACCAUUGACUAUCCUCGAUCGAUGUCUUAACGUUCCCAUAUCAUCGUCAUCGGUCAAUAAUUUUCUUCAGUGUGUAUCUGUAGACGGUCAAAUCGGUUUCGUUUAUAAUGCAGAUGUUGAACCAUUACAUGUUAUUUCAAUAUCUAAACCAUUAAUUUCUUCAACAACAACAACAACAAAAACUAAUAAUCAUCAUCAUCAUCAUCAUUUAACACCAUCAACAAUGAGUAAUUUUUUUCAUCGAAAAUCAGAUGCAAAGAAAAAUUUAGGAAAAAUCAAAAGUAAACAAUUAUCAAAAGAUAUGAUUGGUUUGCCUCAAGCAGAUUUUAUUCAUGCAUUUCAUAUUGGUGUAUCAGGUGAAACAUUUGGUGAUGUUGCUUGUCUUGCUGGUGUAGAAAAAACAGAUUUAAUUAAAAUUCCUAUUGAAAAAAGUCCAUCAACUAUAAAUGAAUUCGAAUCAAAUUAUAAACAACCAAUUAUUGUUAAUGAAGAAGAAAAUGAAGAAAUCAUAUCUAUUGAACAAUUAACAAAUGAUACACAACCUUCAUCUUUACUUGAUGAAGUUAUGCAAGCAUUUACUGAAAUAUAUUCUGAACCUGAAUCAGCAUCAUAUUUAUCUAUCGAUAGUAUUCCAAUAAAAUCACCACUAGCACUUAAACCUGAAAGAAGUCUAUCAACAUCACCAAAAUCUCCAACAAUUAAUCUUAAAUUAUCAACAUCAGUCGACAUAAAUCAAUCUCCAUCGGAUACCAUGAUAGAUUCGAACAGUCGAUUACUUGAUCAUAAUCGUUUAUUACUCAAAUCUCCAUUAAAAAAAUCUAAUGAAGAAACUUGUCGAUUUACACGCGAACUUGAACAACGUUUACAAAAUGGUGAUAUAAGUGAAGAAGCAAAAAAUGCGUAUAAUCGAUUAGUUAAUGGACGUAAAGAAGAUAGUUCAUCAAUAUUACAUGAAGAAAAUGUACAUUCGACGAGUAAUGGCGAUUUAUCAUCAAAUAAUAAUGAACAUCAAAAUGAUAUUAAACAAUCAUCUAUUGAUCAUCAUUCAGUAAUACCAUUAUUUGGUUCAUCAUCAUCAUCAUCUUCAACUAGUAUAUCAACUAGUUCAACAAGUAAUCAUAUACAAUCAAACACAUCAUCAUCAUCAUCAUCAAAUAAAAAAAAAUCUGAUCGUCAUUCACAUUAUUCAUCAACAUCAACUGAUAAUGAUAUUAGUAUUGAUCUUAAACCACAAAGUGAAUUAUCUCCAUUAAAACUUUUAAGAAAUGCUGUGAAUCCUUCAAGUUUUAUAUCAAAAUCAAUGCGUCAUCAAACAUCAGUAACUGAAACAACAAAUUUAUCAAAUCAUUCACCUGUAUCAUCAGCAUCAAAUACGUUAAGUAAUUUAUCAUCAGCAUCACCAUUAUUCGAUCAUCCGACAUCAUUACCACCACCUUCACAUUCAUCAUCAUCAUCAAAUAUGGAUGAUAAUCGUUCAUUGUCAAGUUUAAAUUCACGUUCGUUAUUAACAAAUAAAAAUGAUCAAAAUUCAGUAACAGGACAACCUUUACCACCACCACCUGAUUUAUCAAGUUUAGGAAGUAAAUUAACAACAGCAAAUAUUACACAAACAUUAAAAUUACCAGCACCAUUAACAUCAUCGACAUCGGGAUCAAAUACCUUUCGAUCAAAAAGUAUGUAA